AUGGCGGGCACUGACAACGCAAGUAACCAGGGUGAAGAGGCCGACAUCGAGAAGUACUUUGUACACAAGGUCCCAGGACUGUACAUUGCUAUUGAUCCCAAGAACGACAACGGUCAAACGUCGGUAGUCAGAUACGGUAAGAAUGACAACCACAUAUACCCGGUAUGGGACUCUACAUGGGACCAGACGCCAGACACUGCUCGCAUGCCGAAAGACCUGGCUCUUUUGACCACCGAAGGCCCCCGUAACGUUCUUGCUAUACCCGCACAGCUAGAGCAGACGGUUGCGGUGUAUCAUAGCCCACCUGGGGGCCAACAGACCACAAUUUACAUACAUCCCACCGACAGUGUUGACCAACACAUUCCAAGUUAUAUGAGGGAGCUACGUGCAGUGGACGAGUCCGAGGAGGAGCUUGCGAAGCCGAUCCCACCUUCUGUCCCUGAAUCAGGAGAGGAGGAUGUACUCAGGAAGAAGCUCUGUUUGAUGGUGCAGUCUGCUUCAGAGAAUCAGGGAGGUGAUGACCAGGAUAAGCGACGCGCAUUGGUCGACUUAUCUGGUCCUGCUGAUCCAUCCGGUGCUGACCCUGGAGACACCAGCGACGCACCAUUCCUAUACGUCUACGAGCACAAUUCAUCUAACGCAAAGCUGACAUUCGGCCCGCAAAGCACCCUACAAGUCAUCCGCGAAAAGAAGAAAUCCGACGACCUUGCCCUCUACCUGAAAGAACAGGACGGCGACGCACCUCCCCAUGUCGAGUACUACCGUUUCAAGCACGGCUACACGCUGCGUUUCAACGACUGCGGUGCGACGAUCCAGAAAAAACGACCGAAGACCAUAGAUAGCAACACCGCUACCACGGAAGAGAAGAAGACGAAGGGCAAGACGGCGGAGGUUCUGUGGUACAAAGAAUUCCACGUCUACUUCCCGCCCGACCGCUGGAAUACUGGGUUUCACCACGACACCUGGACGCACGACUAUAAGGAGGGAUAUGGCACGUACAACGAAGAACAAGCAAAACACAAUGUAGUGGCAUUCCCGAAGUUCAUGGAUGAGCUCGACGCACGUUUCCGGGAUGAGAAAGUCGAAGAACCAGAAGGCAAAGCGGGAAAGCUCAAGAAGCAACGAAGGAAGAAGGAAAAGGUCGCAGAGAUGCCGGAGCUAGAAGACGAGGAGGGAAAGAAGGUGUGUAUCUUCAGGCGCAGGAAGGAAGGAGAAGUGCUUGUUCCUGAUAUCAGUGUAAGGGUAUCGGGGGAGGAACAAGAGCGGAUUAUGCAGGAGAGAGCGGAUGAGAAGGCGAAUGGAGACGAAGAUGGGGCUGCGGAAGAGGGGGUUGAGCAGCCUGAAGGGGAGGGAGCAGAUGCGGGCGUAGAGGAGGGGGAUGAUCAGAUGGAAACGGAAAUGGUCAUGGACUAG